AUGGACAAAUUACCGCAGAUAUUUGCCUAUAACACUAGUCAGUCAUUAGAAAUAGUAGGUAAAUUUUCAGCAACUGUCACAGCCGUAAAUAAAUCUGUGCAAACAACCCUCUACAUCACACCAGGAAAUUGCGACACUCUACUCAGCUACAGCACAUGCGUGGAUCUUGGACUUCUUAAUAUCACAGAGUGUAUUCGUGAAAUACAGUACAGUCCUAUAUCGCUUACCAAUGAAAUCGUGUCUAAGUACAAGGAUUGCUUUACUGGACUUGGUAAAUUGAAAGGUGUUCAAGCCAAACUACACGUGGACAGCAGCGUACAACCCGUCGCUCACCAACACCGACGUCUCCCGUUUAAUCUGCGUGAACGUACGACAGCAGAACUCAAACGACUACUUCAACUUGACAUUAUCGAACCAGUUGGUGAUGUACCCACACCAUGGGUGUCCCCCAUCCGUGUAGUCGAGAAACCUAAAAACCCAUCUCAGCUCAGAAUUUGUGUUGACAUGCGCGCACCAAAUGAAGCAAUUCAGCGAGAACGACACAUAACUCCCACUUUGGAUGAUAUCAUAUCUGAACUGAAUGGAUCUACGAUAUUCUCCAAACUCGACUUGAAUGCUGGUUACCACCAAAUCGAACUCCACCCAGAACCCCGCAGCCUCACAACGUUCUCUACACAUAUGGGUCUCUUCAGAUACAAACGCUUGAACUUUGGGGUGUGUUCAGCUGCCGAAGUCUUCCAGAACCACAUCAGAAUGGCUCUUCAAGGACUACCAGGCGUUAUUAACCUUAGUGAUGAUGUUUUUCUCCAUGGGCGUGACCAACAAGAACAUGAUCAACGACUUGAGGCAACUGAGAAAUGUGAAUUCAGCAAGUCGAGGAUUGAAUUCUUAGGAUAUGUGUUCACAAAGGAUGGUCUUUCUCCUGAUCCACAGAAAGUGCAAGCCAUCAAAAACACCACCCGCCCUGCGAAUGCAACUGAAAUUAAAAGCUUCCUCGGCAUGGUACAAUAUUGCGCUCGCUUUAUCCCCAAUCUUGCGACCUUGUCGAAGCCACUGCGCGAUCUAACAAGACAAAACACAGUGUUCUCCUGGACCCAAGCAGAAGAGAAGGCAUUUACGGACAUUAAAGCUGCCCUAACUGACCAAAGUGUUAUGGCCUACUAUGAUCCAUCGAAACCUGUUGAACUCAUAGUUGACGCAAGUCCCGUAGGAGUCACCGUUGUUACAGACCACAAACCCUUGAUUCCAUUGUUCAACAAAGCCAGCUCGAAACCUCCUGCGAGAAUUGAACGCUGGAUCUUAAAGCUUCAAGGAUACUCGUGCAACGUAACAUAUCGCCCAGGGCAUGACAAUCCAGCUGAUUUUCUGUCCAGACACCCUGUUCAGUCACCAGAUGCUCCAAGCUGUGAAGAAAAGAUGGCUGAGGAACACAUAAACUUUCUAACGCAGCAUGCAGUUCCGAAAGCGCUAACACUCGCAGAAAUUCAAGACGCCACGAAGGCCGAUCCACUAUUGCGAACUGUAAUGGGCUUAGUUAAAGGCAACAAAUGGAAAUCUGCCUACAAACCAAAUGUUAACGCAAAGCUUGACAGCGCUACAGCAAGACAGCUUCAGUCCUUUGCUACAGUGCACACUGAGUUAUCAGUAAACUCUGACGGAAAUAUCCUCCUGUUUGGUUCCCGCAUUGUGAUACCAGCCUGCCUUCAACAGCAAGUGUGCGACCUCGCUCACGUUGGACAUCAAGGUAUUGUCAAAACAAAGAAACUGCUUCGUCAAAAGGUUUGGUUCCCUGGUAUCGAUAAACUCGUGGAGACAACCAUUCAUAACUGUAUCCCGUGCCAGGCCGUAACCCCUGAAAACUCUUCCCGUCGAGAACCGCACAAGAUGACUGCGCUCCCACAAGCACCAUGGGAAAACGUCUGUGCAGAUUUCGUUGGACCAUUACCCUCUGGAGACUACUUACUGAUUGUCUAUGACGAAUACUCCCGUUACCCUGAAGUAGAAGAGGUGUCUUGCACCUCUGCGCGAUCCACCAUUCCCGCCUUUGACAAGAUAUUUGCCACACAUGGUAUACCAUCAGUUCUGAAAACUGACAACGGACCUCCAUUUAAUAGUACAGAGUUUCACCAGUUCCUCGAUUACCUAGCUAUCAAACAUCGGAGAAUCACACCAUACUGGCCAAGAGCUAAUGGUGAUGCAGAAAGGUUCAUCAAGACCUUACAGAAAGCCAUGCGUGCAUCUGAAGCUGAAGGAAAGCCAUGGAAACAGGAACUAUACAAAUUCUUAAGGAGUUACCGUGCAACGCCCCACAGCUCAACUGACAAACCACCUGCUGAACAACUAUUCAACAGACCGUACCGCACAACUUUACCAGAACUUGCCCAACCAGUCUCUCAAUCCGACAUCCAGGUUAAAGACGAUAGCGCCAAACAGAGAAUGAAGUAUUAUGCUGAUCUUCACGCACAGGCUAAGCCAGCGACCAUUCGUGUUGGUGAUAUCGUACUACUACGCAACCAGAAAAAGGGUAAACUUAAACCUCUGUUCAGCUCCAACCCGUAUAAAGUCACCGCAGUGAAAGGAUCAAUGAUGACCGUUAAACAUGGAAAUCACUCCAUCACCAGAACUCAUCAUUUAUAA